AUGGUCAGAUCUGUCCGGGAGUGCUUCGUCAUUACAAGCAUAGCUUUUUACGCAGCUUGGUUUCCGCUAAACAUGGCGGUCGGUAAGAAUAACAACAAAAUGGGCAAAAAGGGCGGCAAGAAAAAGGCCGUAGAUCCCUUUGCUCGUAAGGAGUGGUACGAUAUUAAAGCGCCUUCGAUGUUCUACAAUCGCCAAGGUCGUGUGUUCGAGGUCUCAUUGGCUGAUCUGAACGACUCUGAGGCCGACUUCAGGAAGUUCAAGCUUGUAUGCGAAGAUGUACAGGGAAAGAAUGUGCUCACAAACUUCCACGCUAUGUCCAUGACCCGUGACAAGCUGUGCUCCAUUGUCAAGAAGUGGCACACCCUUAUCGAAGCCAACGGCGUGUUCAAGACCACCGAUGGCUACGUCCUUCACCUGUUCUGCAUUGGUUUCACCAAGCGAUCACCUAAUCAGGUCAAGAAAACCACAUACACAAAAGCCUCCAAGGUCCGAAAGAUCAGAGCUAGAAUGCUUGAGCUGAUGAAAAGAGAGGUUUCCGGAUGUGACCUGAGAGAAGUGUGCUCAAAGUUGAUCCCAGACUCGAUAGGCAAAGACAUCGAAAAGAAGCCUCGUCUCGAUAUUGGCCGCCUCAUGGAAAUGCACGGAGACUCCGUUACUGUUGGCGCAGAUGGUGAGAAGGUUGAUCGUCCUGACGACUAUGAACCUCCAAUUCAAGAAACCGUCUAA